UUACUAUUGCUCCUUACGGAUAUAGCGUGAAAGCGAUUAAGGACGACAUCUUUUUCAUUGACCUGCGGCUAACUCCAUUUGUCAUGUGCGUCAUCUUCAAAGCCACCAGCUAGGGUGGCUUUUCCUGGUGUAUCAGCAUUUGACCUUCCUCCUCCUACCUCUAGCUAGUUAUAAGCACCAGUAUUGGGUUCAAGUUGACAGCUCUUGCUUCUUGGGUCUUACAGCAUAACAAGCUUGCAGCCAACCGCUAUGGCUUUGGGCUUAGGGAAAUCGCCGCCUGGUCUGGGAACACUGCAGCUGUUGUUCAGCUUGGUCAUCCUGCUCCAAUGUGCACAAUGCGCACAACAGCGAGUCCACAUCGUGACAGGGCGCUCGAUUGCUCCAAUUGGAGGUAGAGCGUCUGUCUAUAAUGGAACCCGCGAAACAUCAUUCUCUAACCAGCUUGUCAAGACGUUUCCCAACGGUCUGACCUAUUGGUGGAACGACUCCAAGGGCUACAUGAAUUUUGGCGAUGAGCGGUACAGCGGCACGUUCCGCUACCUGCUUCGCUUCGAGGACCUGCACCGCUACGUGCCGGCGGGCGCCGUGGUGCAGUCGGCGGAGCUGGUGGUCACCUUCCUCAACGUGCACUACUGGGUGCAGGUGCAGGCGUGCUACAUGUCGAAGCAGUGGAGCGCCUACGAGCUGCCGGCGCAGAGGUUCACGUCCACCGGUUGGCUGUACUCGCGCUGGAACGGCAGCGCCAGCCUCAACUGGACGGAGCCGGGCGGCUGGGCGGACUGCAACCGCCAAGCCAACAUCAGCUUCCUGGCGCCCUACAUCAGCGGCAGCGGGCAGGCCUACUACCCCAUCACCAUCCCGCUGGACACCAAGAUAGUCGCCGGCUGGAUCGCUAACAAGGGCGCCGCCAACUAUGGCAUGAUGUUCAGGGGCAUGAACGGCUCCAUCUUCGUGAUGAACGCCGCCUGGCAGAACGGCACGCUGUUCCGCCCCUCGCUCACCAUCACAUACGACACAGCCGCGGGGGCAACCGCGCCCACCGUCAAGUAUCCCUACAACGUCACCAGCGUCCCUCGCAUCUGGUGGGUGGGGCCGGAGGGCAAUGACGAGGCGUACAGCGGGCAACCCGAGCUGCCCUUCGCGUCGCCCGCCAAGGCGCUGAUCUGGGCCAAGCCAGGAGAUAAGAUCUACAUGAAAACAGGCUCGUACGGAGGUUCCCUGUCCAUCACGCAGCCCAACAUCACCCUGCAGUCCGCCCCCGGCCACUGGGCCGUCAUCUCCAGUCCGCUCAACGACCCGCACGGCGCCGUCAACACCUUCACCAUCUUCCCGGGCGCGGACAACGGCGUGUUUCAGAACUUCGAAAUCACCGGCGGCUUCUACUACGCCGUCAUGUUCUACACGGCCUGGGGCACCUACCGCACCACCCAGCAGAACGUGGCCAACGGCACGGCGCCAAGCAACUGGGUGCUGCAGAACAUGCGCAUCCACGACACUGGCAGCAGCUGCGUCAAGCUGUCCGUCAACUCGCGCAACAACAGCUUCAGCAACUGCGAGAUCUACAACGCCGGCACGCGCUUCCGCACCUACGGCUUCGGCAUCGAGGCCGUACAGGCGUACGACCUGGACAUCUCCGACUGCUACUUCCACGACACGGCGGGCGGCGCCGUGCUGCUGGCGGGCGGCACCGCGCGCGCCAGCCUCAAGCGCAACUACAUGGAGCAGGUCAACAGCGGCAUCGAGGUGGGCGGCUUCACGGGCGCCGACAUGUUCAACACGCUGGACAACCCCAACCUGUACGAGGCGAUCAACACCACGCUGCGCAACAACAUCAUCACCGCCACCCGCCUGGCCGGCAUCGUGCUGCGCGGGGCGCUGCGCACCAGCGUGACCCACAACACCCUGUGGCGCGUCAUGGAGGGCGGCCAGGCGGGGAUCCUGCUGGACGCCUCCGUCCACGGCAUCACGGGCCGCGGCAACGUGUACCUGGGCAACAGGGACGUCACGCUGUGGGGCAACAUCGUGGCGCGCUCGGCCUCCGCGGCCGCGGGCCCGCUGCUGCAGAUCCGCGCCAGUGGCCUGGACACGGUCUCGCCCAACCUCACCACGGGCUACAACGUGUACCACGACCAGGCGGCGCAGGCGGCCACCAACGGCACGUUCAAGUGGGGCGUGGGAGUGAUGCUGGAGGACCAGCGCGCCGGGAGCCUGUUCGUGGGCAACCUGAGCGGCUGGCGGCAGUUCUGCACCGCCAAGCUGAACCUCACCAUGUGCGAGGUGAACAGCACAGAGGCAGACCCGCGCCUCAACGCCACCUUCACACCCCUGCCGUGCAGCCCGGCAAAGGGACGGGUGCCCAUGACCAUUCCGGGAGACAUCCCGCCCAACAACAAUGAUUUCCACAGCCGCAAGCGACCCGUGGGUCUCUACGACGCCGGCGCAGUGCAGUCCGGUGCUGCAGGAGCUGUAAAAGCCAUUCCACCCGUGCCUGAUGCCUUCAAAGCGUAUGCUGCCUUUAAGGGCAUGGGGCGUCCAUCGACGUUUGACUUCGGUUGGCCGUACUACUUUUGGCAGUCUCGCAUCUGCAAGAACCUUACCGUGGAUGCAAUCUACGGCAACGACAGCCAGCCCUUUGACUACUAUGCCAACUACGCCCAGCCCUUCAGGACGAUCCAGGCCGCGUUGGACCACGGCAGCAACUGCGACCGCAUCUUCCUGCGCGCGGGUCCCGGCCAGCGCCACCCCGGCUACAUCACCUUCAUGAAGGCCACCAACACCAGCAUCACCACCCACCCGGCCGACCUGCCCGCCCGCGCCACCAUCGUCUGCUCCCAGAACGUCACCACGCCCUGCAUCUACAUGUACUUCAGCGCCACCGCCAUCAACAUCACGGGGCUGGACAUCGCCAUGUCCAACGGCUCCAGCGGCAGCUGCAUGCACCUGGACGGACCCGGCGGCAGCGGCACCAGCCCCUACUGGAACUGGUACGCGGGGACCAGCGGCAAGUUCUCACCGCUGCUCUCCUUCUUCACGGACAUGAACCUGACCAACUGCGGCACGCACGGCAUCAAGCUGAGCACGUUCGUGUACGGCGUGGUGAUGGAGCGGCUGAACAUCAGCGGGCCGGGCCUGGUGGGCAUCAACGUGGUGGGCGGCGGCAACCUGACCAUCCGCGCCAACAACAUCCUCAACCCGGGCGAGGCGGGCAUCCGGCUGGGCGGCGGAGUGCGCAACACGCGGGUGGACAGGAACUACAUCAAGAACUUCGGCGGAGUGGGCAUCAUGCUCGGCAGCGAGGGCACUGAUGUCUCCAACAUGGACGUGGACUGGGCCAAGUACGGCUACAGCACGCCUUCAUGGCACGACUGCUUCAAUACUACCGUGAUCAACAACAUCCUGGACGGCGGUGCGGGUGCGGGCAUCGCCUUCUACGGCGCCCGUGACGCGGUGGUGGUGCACAACACCAUCCUCGGCGUGGCGGGCACCAUGCAGGCGGGCGUGCUGCUCAACGUCAGCCCCAAGCAGAUCGGGCCCGCCUCGGAGGUCGGGCCGCCCAACACCAACAUCACCUUCAAGAACAACAUCGUGACGCUGCCGCCCGGCACCUUCCUGCGCUUCGUGGUGCAGGCGCGCAUCCUGCAGGGCAGCCUCGUGAACCUCAAGCUCAACAUCAGCCGCCCGACCGGCACCUGCACCGCCGCACGCCGGCAGCUGCGCGGCAUGACGCAGGUCUGGCAGGAGGACCCGCUGGCGCCCGCCGCCACCGCCGCACCGGGCAGCAGGGCAGUGCGCAGCGAGCUGGUGGUGGAGGAGACCGGGGCCGUGGUGCGGCGCCGCAGCCUGCUGCCGCUGUCCUUCACCGACCCCUACACCAAGGCAACCGGCGUACAGGGCCGCAACGCCGACGGCUCCUGCCCGGUCUUCCCCGACUCCUCCCCCUGGCACCAGGACGUGUCCGGGCUGUCCGUGCACCCGCGCAGCGAGGCCAUCAAGAGCAACAUCGGGCCCAACAAGGGGCUGCACUUCGACUUCGGGUUCGAGGUAUCCUACCUGGGAACCAAGUUUCCUGCCGGCAAGCCAAUUAACAUCAUCGACAGCAGGAACAUCACCACCCGUAUCAAGGUGGUCCCCGGCCCCACCGGCUACUUCGACCCGACCGAGAACAACCCGAACGGCUUCCCCUUCCCAGCGGACCUGAAGAUCCAGAACGCCUUCCCGGGCUGCGGCGACCCGCCCUGCUGGGGCGACCGGCACAUGAUUGUGGUGGACAACGCAACAUGCACGCUGUACGAAUCCUACAGAACCUUCCCGCCGUCUGUGACCAAGAACGGCACGUGGCAGAUCGACUAUCUGUGCCACUUCAACCUGUCCCGAGCUGCGAUCGAACGGCCCAUGGGCGCCACCUCCGCUGAUGCCGCCGGCCUGGCCAUCCUGCCGGGCCUGGUGCGGUACGAGGAGAUCGUGCGGGGCUACAUCGACCACGCGCUGCGCUUCACCGGGCCCUGCUCCCGGCCCGCCUACGCGCUGCCCGCCACGCACUUCGCGUCCGUGGGCUACAACGGCACCGACGCGCCCUACAUGGGCAUGCGGGUGCGCCUCAAGGCAAACUACAACUGCACCAAGCUGGCGCGGGCUGCGCGCAUCUUUUGCGAGGCGCUCAAGAAGUACGGCGGAAUCUAUGCGGACAACGGCGCUGUGUGGGACUUUGACGGCGAGGCUACCGAGAAGUGGUACCCUCUUUGGUCGGAGCUCACCGACAUCUACAAGAUCAAUUCCACCGAACUGGAGGUCAUCGACCCCGGCUGCAUUUGCACCAACGGCGGCUGCACCAUUGCGGAGUGCCACGGACUGGCCUGGGUGGACCCGAACUCGCCUCUCGUGUUCCCCGCGAUUGACAACUCGUCCAACAUCGUGUUUGCCAACAACUUCUACUACAAGCCCAACACGACGGGGCUGUACAUCGACC